UCAGUCCUCCCCGCCGCCAUGAUUCCAGUGCGGAGCGGCCUCUACAUCGGAACCGCCGCCGAUUUGGCUGAAGCCGGGAGCCUGUCGGAGUCUGCUAUCUCCCAUGUGCUCACCGUGGACUCGCAGGAACCGCCGCCUGUAGGAAACCGUCAAACGAUGUUUGUACGCGCGCUGGAUGAGCCGUGCACUGACCUGCUGAGUUUUCUGGAUGAAUGCGUGCGGUUCGUGCAGGAGGCGCUGUCUACAGCCAGUGCUGUUGUGCUGGUAAAUUGUCAUGCAGGAGUCAGUAGAAGUGCUACUGUAGUAACUGCUUUUAUCAUGAAAACUGAUGACCUUACUUUUGAAGAGGCAUAUAAUAAACUUCAGGCUGUUAAACCUGAUGUCAAGAUAAAUGAUGAGUUUUUGAAGCAGCUGAAGUUGUAUGAAGUGAUGGGUUGCAAAGUGGAUUUGACAAGUGCUGAUUAUAAACAAUAUCGAUUGCAGAAAGUCAUCGACAAGUACCCUGAGUUGCAGAAUUUACCUCGGGAGUUAUUUGCAUUGGAUCCCAUGAGUCUAGGGAAAACAGAUGAAAUUCUCUACCGGUGCAGAAAGUGUAGACGUUCUGUAUUUCGUGGCUCAAGUAUUUUGAAUCAUGCACCUGGAACAGGACCAGUUGCCUUCGCUCACAAGAGGAUGACACAAAUCCGAAGAGAGGACCAAACCAAAUGUACAUCAUAUUUUAUUGAGCCAGUGCAAUGGAUGGAACCUGCACUACUUGGUGUUUUGAAUGGACAGUUGCUUUGCCCAAAGUGCAGAUCUAAGUUGGGAUCUUUCAACUGGUACGGUGAUCAGUGUUCCUGUGGUCGUUGGGUCACUCCUGCCUUCCAGAUUCACAAGAAUCGUGUUGAUGAAGUGAAGUAUUUAAAUAUCUCCAGUGUGAGAAAUGUUAGUUGUUGAAUAACACACUCAUGUGAGUGUUGUCAAAAGUGAAAAACCUGGACUGUCUGAGUAACUAGUAAAGCAGAGAGAACUUUUACCAUCACCCCUUCAGCUAAGCUGUAUUGCAUGAUAUAUGAAGGGUAGAUGGUAGCAUUUAUUUGGACUGGUUAAUACAUUUUGUGCAUGUGAUGUUUCAAAAAUUGUCUAAGUGGGUACCAUUGUACUAUGAACCAGUGAAUCAAAUUGAUCCAAAACGAUUAAAAGCAGAAAUCCUUAAAGCAGCUUUAGUUUGAUACAGCUCCUGACAAAUGUUCAAUGGUCAAGUUUUAAAGCUCGUGAAAAGAUGGAAUUUUUCAUGUUUCAUGAUUGCACUGUGUAGAGCAAUGAUAGCCCAGAUUUUGCAACAAAGAUGACAGAGGCCGUUCGGAGUACACAAUUAAUUGCAGAAAUCUAGAAGCUGUUGUCUGAAUUGCCCUGCUCUUCCACAAGCUGUAUUGCACCUGUACUUUGCCAAGAGACUCAUCAUUGAAAUCCAUGAAAGGGCAAUAAAGUUGCUUUACUUAUCCAAUAAAUAUUCCAGAAAAAGUUGGGCCAAGUGCAUACAGGUGAAAGUGAAUUUUUAAUGGUGUGAUAAGUCUGAAGUGCUACCAAACAACUUCUCUGACAUUGGACAUUUUAAUUUUACAAAUGUAAAGUCUCAUUCCUUCAGCCUUCAGGAUUUAACUAUUACCAGAAAUUUAAAAUAUAUAUAUAUUUUUUACUUUUUCUUCUGUCUCUUUUAUCUCUCUCUCCUAAUCCCAACUUUCCAUCACUAUUUUUCUUUCUGCACCAAAUUCCAAUGAAUUAAAAUAUUAUCAUGUGUACUUUAUGAUUUAGACUCUGUGUGUCUCAGUGAGGAUUCUUCAGUCUGGUUGAAGAGCCAUGCUGUUGCUUUCCCUCGUCUCACAUACCACAGGUCCCCUGUUGAUUGUGCUGCACUGGAAAGGACCUUUAAAUAAUGUAAGUUGCCACUUGAAAGCCCAUGAAAAGUCUGUGGACAGUUGUCAGUUUAUGAUGGAAAUAAGAGAAAGAGCUUGGGUUCAAAUAAUGCCUCUCCCAACCUCAGGAUGUUUCAAAGGCCUUGAAGCACUUUAAAGUGUCAACACUGUUGCAGGGAAAUGCAACAGCCAAUUUGCCAAGUUUGCAAUGAAAUAAUGACCAGUUAAUCUGUUUUAAUUAUGUUGGUUGAGGGAUAUAGGACCAAGACACCUGGGAGAACUCCCCUGUCAAAUAGUGCCUUGAGAUCACAUACAUCCAUUUGAGAGAGCAGACAGGCAUCUGAAAGGUGGCACCCCCUGCAGUGCAACAGUCCUUCCAUUGCACUGUGCUAAGUUGGCCCUUGAAUUCACAACCUUCUGACUCAGAAGCAAAAUUGCUACCACUGAGCCAGUGCUUGACACUUGAUACCGAGUUGUCACAUGGCCAAAUAUGUCCCAUAGGGACUUGUAUGAAUUGGUUAUAAUUCUUCUAAUGGUUUAGAAAUCACAAAACUUACUUUAUAGCAGCAGGUAGUGUGUGUUCGUGUGCUGUAUUCUGAUUUACAGUAAAUACACUAAUGCAAUACUUGUAUUCAGCACAGUGUGGUAUUUCAUUGAACAAAUAAUGAAAAUCAAAAUGAUCUUUCAUAGCAAUGGUGUAUUAUAGGAAUGAUGCAUGUUGAAGAAUUUAAUACGAGAAGUUACUAUAACAUGCAAUAUUUUUGUUUUAGUAUUUGCAUUUGGUACCAUGCGAUUACCAGAGUUAUGUGAAAUCUCAGCUGUUUUGUCCUGGAUCAGCAUUACAGCAUGUGAUAACGGAUAUGGAAAAACAGCUAGUUGAAAUUUGGAGGAUUUACAGUGAUCAUAAUGAGUACUAUAUUUAAGGAGCAAUCUUUUUUUUAAAGAAUAUAUCCUAUUAUUUCCAUCACGUUUCUGAAUAUUUCAUUAAAAUGCUCUGAACAUUUUAUGGAACUCGAGAAAUUAUCACUCAAGGUUAGGGCCCCUACAAAUUUCUGCACCAAUAAAUUGUUUAGUUUUAAAGAUUGGCAUGUAUAUGUUCUGUAACUGGUUCAAUAAAUUCCUUCUAAUACA